GUCCACCCCUGGACACAUGGGGCGGGGGAAGGUUUGGUCUUCCGACUCCCCGCGUGGGGCACCAGAGAAGGCCGGCGGGGGGCAAGCGCGAGCCGGACGUGCUGCUCUGCGAGGCACGUGAACUCCGCGAAGGCGGCUCCGCCUCGGCUCAGGAUCCCAGUUUCUUCACCAUGGGAAUGUGGUCGAUUGGUGCGGGGGCCCUGGGGGCUGCUGCCGUGGCACUUCUCCUGGCCAACACAGACGUAUUUCUGUCCAAGCCCCAGCAAGCAACCCUGGAGUAUCUGGAGGAAAUAGACCUGAAAACACUGGAGAAGGAACCAAGAACUUUCAAAGCAAAGGAGCUCUGGGAAAAGAAUGGAGCUGUGAUAAUGGCGGUGCGAAGGCCAGGCUGUUUUCUCUGCCGAGAGGAGGCUGCAGACCUGUCCUCCCUGAAGCCCAAGUUGGACGAGCUGGGUGUCCCCCUCUAUGCAGUGGUGAAGGAACAGAUCAAGACUGAAGUGAAGGACUUCCAGCCUUAUUUCAAAGGAGAAAUCUUCCUGGACGAAAAGAAAAGAUUCUACGGUCCCCAAAGGCGGAAGAUGAUGUUUAUGGGAUUUGUCCGCCUGGGUGUCUGGAACAACUUCUUCCGGGCCCGGAACGGAGGCUUUUCUGGAAACCUGGAAGGCGAAGGCUUCAUCCUCGGGGGAGUUUUUGUCAUGGGAUCAGGAAAGCAGGGCAUUCUUCUUGAGCACCGAGAAAAAGAAUUUGGAGAUAAGGUAAAACCAGUUUCUGUUCUGGAAGCUGCUAGGAAGAUCAAACCACAGACUUCAUCAGCCUCAGAGAAAAAAUGAUGGUGUGAAACGGCCCAGCUCAGGGAUAACUAGGGGCAGUCACCUCUGUUCAUAGAACCUUAUGUUUCCACUUAUGUCCCUGAAGAGUUAGAAACCCACUUAUGCCAUAUUCUCAGUAUAGAUCAUAAUGUAUUUUAAUAUUGUACUCUGUUUAGGCUCAAUAAGACAAAAUAGCCUCCAAACAAGACUGAUAAAAAAUCUAAAAAAUGAGUGAGGGUUAUUUCAGCUAAAAUCUGGAAAAAAUGAGGCUCAAAGUGGACCUCAUUACAAGCAUGUGGUGGUGUUUGCGUGCUCUUAUUUGAAAUGAGUUUUAUUUUCAUGUCUUUACAAAUCUAAAAAAGUUAAUGAUUGACUUGAAGAUUAAAGAUUACAAGGUUUUUGGCUUGCGUGUUUUCUAUUAAUGACUUGUUAUAGAAUGGUUAAAUAAUACUAAUAUUAAGGAACUGAUGUGCUCUGGAUGCCUUGAUAAAGGUAGAUUAUAAAAUGAAAUCAGUUUUUUCAUUGUCUUCCAUUCUAACCUCAGAGGUUUGUUUUUCUAGAAAAAAUGAUCAUCUCUGGCUCUAAUAAAAGUAUGCAUCAGAAA